AUGGCCUCAAAUUUUCUCAAAUCAAUUCCAUUCUUUCUCUUACUUGCCACUGCCAUGGCAGGUGAUCCAGAUAUCCUCACAGACUUUAUACUUCCGGCAAAUGUUAGUGCUAAUGGCUUAGACGGGAACUUCUUUACCUUCACAGGCAUGCGCAGUGCGGCUUAUUCUGGGGAUCCAUCAAACUUCACAAUAACUAAAGCUACUCUAGCAAAUUUUCCUGCGUUAAACGGCCAAAGUGUUUCUUAUGCUUUGUUACAGUUUCCAGCAGGAGCCAUCAACCCACCUCACACACACCCCCGUUCAGCAGAGCUACUCUUUGUGGUGGAGGGGAGCUUGAACGUUGGAUUCGUUGAUACCAAUAACACGCUUUAUACACAAACUCUGCAAUUUGGAGACAUUUUUGUAUUUCCUAAGGGACUGGUGCAUUAUCAGUCAAAUGAUGAUCCAAAACAACCUGCGGCUGCUGUCUCUGCCUUUGGAAGUGCUAAUGCAGGCACAGUUUCAGUUCCUCUCAGCGUGUUUGCCACUGGCAUUGAUGAUGUUAUCCUUGCUAAGGCUUUCAAAACUGAUGUUGCAACCAUCCAGAAGCUCAAAGCCGGCCUCACACCCAAAGCUUAA